AUGAGUGUGGAGAGGUCCAACCACCACAGCUUUGUGUCUGCUGAAGACGAGAGCUUCAGACUCAGUAUCAUGCCUGCUGUUGGGACUUUUGGCAAUGGCAAAAUCCACACGCGGCGGCGAUACCACACACGCUUUGUCAGUAAGAGCGGCCAGUGCAACGUGCACUUCUCCAACAUGGAGGAGCUGUCACAGAGGUACUUAACAGACAUCUUCACCACCUGUGUGGACAUCCGAUGGAGGUUCAUGUUCCUGCUGUUCAGCCUGGCCUUUGUGCUGUCCUGGCUCUUGUUUGGUUUGGGAUACUGGGUCAUAGGCACGCUGCACGGGGACAUGGAAAACAAUGACGACAGUUUCACUCCCUGUGUGACGCUGGUCAGGUCCUUUGUGGCAGCGUUUCUGUUUUCAAUUGAGACCCAGACGACUAUAGGCUACGGAGCGCGCUGUGUGACGGAGGAAUGCCCUGCUGCUGUCUUCAUGGUGGUCUUACAGUCUAUUAUGGGCUGCAUCAUCGACGCCUUCAUGAUCGGUGCCAUCAUGGCCAAGAUGGCACGGCCCAAGAAACGUGCAGAAACUCUCCUGUUCAGCCAGACCGCAGUCAUUGCCAUGAGAGAUGGAAAGUUGUGCCUCAUGUUUCGAGUGGCCAAUCUUAGAAAGAGCCAGCUUGUAGAGGCUCAUGUCCGGGCACAGCUGGUGAAGCCUCGGUACACAGAGGAGGGAGAGUACAUCCCUCUGGACCAGCUGGACAUGAAUGUGGGCUACGACAAAGGCACAGACCGCCUGUUCCUGGUCGCUCCCCUCACAGUCAUUCAUGAGAUAGAUGAGGAGAGCCCCUUGUUUGGCAUCAGCAAACAAGACCUGGAGACAGCAGACUUUGAGAUCGUCAUCAUCCUGGAGGGUUUGGUGGAGGCCACCGCGAUGACCACUCAGGCACGGAGCUCGUACCUGCCCUCAGAGAUCCUUUGGGGGCACCGCUUUGAACCAGUUCUCUUUGAAGAGAAGAACCAGUACAGGAUAGACUACUCUUACUUUCACAAAACCUUUGAAGUACCAUCCACACCAAGAUGCAGUGCCAAAGAAAUGGAGAACAAGAAGUUCACUGCGUCUAGAGCAAACUCCUUCUGUUACGAGAAUGAGCUGGCCUUCAUCAGCCGGGAUGAGGAGGAAGAGGAGGAGGAGCGCAGAGGGCAGCAGAAGCGGCAGUCUGGACUGUCUGCUACAGGCAGUGACCAGGCCUCUUCCCACAGAGAGUCGGAGAUAUGA